AUACAGAGUGUAAGCCAAAAUGGAGGAUGGCCCUGUUUUCUAUGGCUUUAAAAACAUUUUUAUUACAAUGUUUGCUACUUUUUUUUUCUUCAAGCUUUUAAUUAAAGUUUUUUUGGCUCUCCUAACCCAUUUCUAUAUCGUCAAAGGAAAUAGAACAGAAGCGGCUAGGAUAGCAGAAGAAAUCUAUAGUGGGAUUUCAGACUGCUGGGCUGAUCGAUCCCCGCUUCAUGAGGCUGCGGCCCAGGGGCGCUUAUUGGCCCUUAAAACUUUAAUUGCACAGGGUGUCAAUGUGAACCUCGUGACAAUUAACCGGGUCUCUUCUCUCCACGAGGCGUGCCUUGGAGGUCACGUAGCCUGCGCUAGAGCCUUAUUGGAAAACGGCGCUCGCGUCAAUGGAGUGACGGUUCACGGAGCCACGCCCCUCUUCAAUGCUUGCUGCAGUGGCAGUGCUGCAUGUGUCAAUGUGCUGCUGGAGUUUGGAGCCAAGGCCCAGCUCGAGGUGCACCUGGCUUCCCCCAUCCAUGAGGCAGUGAAGAGAGGUCAUAGAGAGUGCAUGGAGAUUCUGCUGGCAAAUAACGUUAACAUUGACCAAGAAGUACCUCAGCAUGGAACUCCCCUGUAUGUGGCCUGCACCCACCAAAGGGUAGACUGUGUGAAGAAACUUCUAGAAUUAGGAGCCAAUGUUGACUGUGGCCAAUGCCUGGACACCCCCCUCCAUGCUGCAGUGAGGCAGUCCAGGGUGGAAGUCGUCCACCUUCUGAUAGACUAUGGGGCUAACCUGAAGUGCAGAAACGCUCAGGGCAAAAGUGCACUUGACCUGGCGGCCCGGAAAAGUAGCAUGGAGCAGGCGCUCCUGCUCCGAGAAGGCCCACCUGCUCUUUCCCAGCUCUGCCGCCUGUGUGUCCGGAAGUGCUUGGGUCGAGCAUGUCAUCAAACUAUCCACAAGCUGCAUCUGCCGGAGCCACUGCAAAGAUUCCUCCUCUACCGGUAGUCCCAGGGGUCCAUGGGAAGGUCUUGGAGAUAAUCGGGUUGUUGCCUGCUGUACCCAGGGUACCUAGUGUAGACACUCAACAGCUAGACUUGCACUACCUUCGAAUGAGUUAAGCCAGUUAGAGUCAAUUCCUAAUGAAUCGGAACUCUUGGGGAAUUGGAAACUCCUGGUUUGUUUAAUGUUCUCAUUAAGCAAAAACCUUUUGGUUUUUAGCUCUUAUUGUUAAGAAACUUUAAAAGACUGUUAGUAGAGUGAAAAUAAGUUAUUUUUGAAGACAUAAUCUUCAGUUAUCUAAGGGUCAACAUUCUGAAUAUUGUGCAGACACAUGUAAAUGAAUAAGAUUAUGAUAAAUGUAAGUAUUCCAAGAUGUGUUCCUGAUUUAGUUCCUCCCUCCUCCCCCUUUCUUUCCUUCUAUGAAUAAAUCUCUGCUGUAAUUUUGAUUU